CUCCCAUGUUUUCAAACGGAGGGGGCGUGUGUGAUUGGCUGGUGUGACCUGCCACGUGACUAACGGUCGCGGGAAAGCCGCGGAGUCUGAACGGGCGAGUGUGCUGUGUGGCGGUGAGAGCUGGAGUUUUGUCAAGAAGCGCCGCUACCAGACACAGACGCGUAGGUAGACCUGUGUGAACUCGCGCCAGCCUGUGUUUAACCGCAGGGGGGCAGAAUCGCGCCUGUCAGCGUCCCGUCUGAACGAGAGAAGGCUUGGGACAGGUCGGCCUUUUACGGGUCUCGGCCAUGAGUUUCCUGAGCCUGCAGCAGCAGCCAGUAACGGGGCAGCGGCGUCUGACGGCUCGGCAGGCGGCGGCCCCGAUCCGGCAGAAACUGCUUUUUUCGGGCGGUGGAAGCGACUGUGAGGAAGAGGAGGAAGAAGACGACUGCUAUGAGGAGGAGGAAGGUGGCAGUGGUAACAGCACCGGAGAAGACUCAGCCUUCCAGGAGGCCGACUCCCCCCUUUCAGUGAGCCGUACCCCAGCUCGGCGGGAGACUCUGCCGCCGCGGACUCCCGAAGAGGUAGCGAUGGAGUUAGCGCCGCCCGUACUCCCGGGCGACGAGGGGGACUCGUGGGAGGAGGAAGGCUUCGGUUCUUCAUCCCCCGUGAAAUCUCCUGGAGCCUAUUUCAUGGCUGGCUCGCCGCCGCUGAAGGGCCCUCGGCGCUAUUGCGGGCAGUCGUCGCCUCCACGCCCCAAUGCGCUCCGGUAUCGGGCCCACCAGAAUCCGGGUUCAGCGCUUCCCGAGUACCCCGGUACCCCGCCGCACAAGACUUUCCGCAAGCUGCGCCUCUUCGAUACUCCGCACACACCUAAGAGUCUACUAUGUAGAGCUCAAGGAAUGGGAUCUAGUUCAGCUAAACUCCGAGGUGGCUCUCUUUUUAUGAAUGUUGGAAAACUAGUAAAACAGGAAUCUGAUAUGGGACAAGCACCUCACGUGAACAUUAAUCCCUUCACUCCAGACUCUCUCUUCCUUCAAUCUUCAGUUGGGCAGUGUCGCAGGAGAAAGAGAACACAUUGGAAUGACUCCUGUGGUGAGGACAUGGAAGCAAGUGAUGGAGAACUUGAGGAUGAAACUGUCAGACCUGCCAAGCGGAUCAGCAUAACAGAAAGUAAUAUGAAAUCACGAUAUGCAACAGAAUUUCAUGAAUUGGAGAAGAUCGGAUCUGGAGAAUUUGGUUCUGUAUUCAAAUGUGUGAAAAGGCUUGAUGGUUGCAUCUAUGCAAUAAAACGAUCUAAGAAACCUUUGGCUGGCUCAAUUGAUGAGCAAAAUGCUCUUAGAGAAGUGUACGCUCAUGCAGUUUUGGGACAGCAUUCACAUGUAGUCAGAUACUUCUCUGCCUGGGCAGAAGAUGAUCAUAUGCUUAUACAGAAUGAGUAUUGUAAUGGUGGCAGUUUAGCUGAUGCCAUAAGUGAAAACUAUAGAAAUAUGCGCUAUUUCAGUGAACCAGAAUUGAAAGAUUUGCUACUACAGGUUGCUCGUGGUUUAAAGUAUAUCCAUUCGAUGUCACUGGUACACAUGGAUAUAAAGCCCAGUAAUAUCUUCAUAUCAAGGACUUCACUUCCAACUACUAUAUCUGAAGAAGGUGAUGAUGAUGAAUGGACAUCUAGUAGGGUUGUUUUCAAAAUAGGUGAUCUUGGUCAUGUGACUAGAAUAUCCAGUCCACAAGUGGAAGAAGGAGAUAGUCGUUUCCUUGCCAAUGAAGUUUUACAAGAGAACUAUAAUUACUUGCCAAAAGCAGAUACUUUUGCUCUUGCAUUAACUGUGGUGUGUGCUGCUGGUGCUGAACCACUGCCAGCCAAUGGGGAUCAGUGGCAUGAAAUUCGACAAGGAAAACUCCCUAGAAUCCCACAAGUCCUUUCUCAAGAGCUAUUAGAGUUGCUAAAGCUUAUGAUAAACCCUGAUCCAGAGAAAAGACCCUCAGCAGUUGCUCUAGUCAAGCAUUCUGCGUUGUUAUCUACUGCCAGAAAGAGUGCUGAGCAGCUACGAAUAGAACUGAAUGCUGAAAAGUUCAAAAACUCUUUGUUGCAGAAGGAACUUAAGAAAGCACAAAUGGCGAAAGCAGCAGCUGAAGAGCGAGCUCAAUUUACAGAUCGAAUGACAACUAGAUCUACAGCACAGAACAGAACAACUCGUCUUAAUGGAAAGAAAAUGAACCGUUCUGUUAGCCUUACAAUAUACUGAUUUGAUGAUUCCAUAAAAUUGUCAAGAAGGCUAUGAAUAUUUCUGGACUAAAUUAGGAGUGGAAGAGGAUUCUGUUUCUAGUUUUCUCUUUAAAUCACUGUCAGUGCUGUUACAAAGAAGUCUUACAAUUUUAAUUUUACCAAAUGCAGUUAAAUAACUUUGUUGGUUCCAGGCUUCAUAUGAGUGGAACUGCACUCAUGGGACACUCACCACAGGAAGGAGGGGAAGGGAUUUUCACUAACAACUCCUUCCUCCCUGGAGCACCUGAAAAUCUGUUUCAGAGGGUAGGAGCCCCCCAGAACAGUGCAGGAGGUGGUACAGCGGCUGCAGGUGGAAUUGGAGAAAAUUGUGUCCUUGGUUCAGCAGGAGCCUCCAAUGGACAUAGGGCCCUUCUGUGAAUGGAAAGAACCCUUGUGUUGCAGGAUUGUCAAUUCCAGAUCUGACCCUGUAUUUUCCCUUGUUUCUUAAAGAAUCUAGGAUGCUAAUUUGCAAGCCUUUCAGUUACACUGUAUAUUACACCAUCCAGAGUUAACCAGUGGUGUGUUGCUGCUUAUUUUUGAUGCAUUGCGAUGAAAAGCAUAUUCCUAGUAGUCUAAUGGACUUAUUUGAAAACUGCUCUAUUUGGAAUGGAGGGAAGACAUGACAUGGGGAGAGGCUAAGGGCCAACAGGCUAAACUAUACCUGGUUGUCAGGUAAACUAUUGUGAAUUUUAUUUGUGUAUUCAACUGGGAGCACUUUGUUGGGCAUUGCUUGGCCCACAGGAAAAGCCUGUGGAAAUAUGCCACGUGAAACUGCUGCUAUUUUUAGUUUGUCUUUGCUGUAAAACUGUAGCAUUAAAACAAUCAUUGUGUUAGUGGGCUUUCUUUUUUUAAAAAAAAUUAUGUGAAAAAUAUUAAAGCUGCCCUGCUGAAAGCAGCGUCUUUCUUUGAAGCUAGUGUAUUGUGUACAGUGUGAAUGUACCAAUUUUAUAUUUGAAUUACAUUAUUAGUGUAAAUGUUUGUUUUGUAAUUCUAAUAGAAUUCUCCAAAAGAUAAUUCCUCUCCUUUCUCCAUCUCAUCUUCCCUCCUUUGUUAAUACUUCAAUGUGCCUGUUUGCCUAUUUUUAGAAUUUGUACAUAAAUGUACUGUUACAUUUUCAAACUGAAUGUAUAUAAGUGUUCUUAUAGUGUACAAUACUGAAAGCUGUAGUUUUAGAUUCCAGAAGCUCCAAUUGAAAUUUAUUCCAACUUUAGUUGUGAAAUUAAUAUAAUUGGCCCUCCUAAUAAUUUGUUCUGAUAUUGCCAAAAUAAAUGUUAUCAAUUACAGGCUUUUUGAC